AUGCACGUACUUUUUCAUGAGAACCCUCCAGAGGUGUACAAGGAGGCCCGGAAGGUUGCGGUGGCGGCGAUUUUGCACACGGACAAUGCCAACCAUUUCGCCAUGAUCAAAGACAUCAGCCAGGUUUAUGAGGCUCAUGAAGCGACUUGCGAGAAACAAGCAGGAUCCAGCGGGAUGCUGACGGAGUAUCGGGACAAGAUCCUUGAGCCGAAUAGGCUGUUGUGGCUGGAACUUUUUCUUCAUUUGGCUGACGUGUCAAAUCCCCUAAAACCCUUCGACUUGUCCAAAACUUGGGCCAUGCGGGUCUUGGAUGAGUUCUUUCAGCAAGGGGAUGAAGAGAAACAGCAGGGCCUUCCAGUUGGCAUGCUAAAUGACAGGGACAAGGUCAACAAACCCGGGUCCCAACAUGGCUUUAUCACCUUCUUAGUAUCACCGCUGGUGGUUCAGAGCGUCAACCUGUUCCCGGACUUCAUGGACUUGCAUGUUGAGAUGGUAGCCAAUAUGGAAAAAUGGCGCGACGAAUGGGUCGCUGACGUGAAGCCUUCCGACGAAGAACUGGCGCCUAAGAAUGCCGACAUCACCAAGUGCAGAGCUACGAGUGAUCGGCUGCUGGCCAGACGUAAGCCACAAAAGGCCACUCCAACGGCCUCGCGUGGCUGGUCAUGGAGCAAUGGCAUGGACACAGAAUGA